UGGCGUCGUGAGUGUUUGUCUUCCCACCUGAGCACCAACCAGUGGGAGUCGCUACGACGUGAUCUUCCACCAGCUACACACUCGCAAACAUGGCCCCGGGCCAGGCAGCUGAGAUGAACCCGGUGAAUGCGACCUCUCUCUACGUUUCCGCGAGCCGUUCGGUGCUGCAGUGCGACCCCCGAGACCCCCGGGCCCUCGCGGAGCUCUGCAAGCUGCUGCCGUUUUUCCGCCAGUCCCUGUCCUGCUUGGUCUGCGGUAACCUGCUGCAGGACCCCAUCGCUCCCACCGACUCGUCAUGUCAGCAUUACGUCUGUCGAGGCUGUAAGGGUCAGAGGAUGCAGCUGAAGCCGUCCUGUAGUUGGUGUAAGGACUAUUCCCGCUUUGAGGAGAACAGGCAGCUCUCUUUGCUUGUUCACUGUUACAGGAAGCUAUGUCUCUACAUCACCCAGUCGCCACUUGCCCCGCACAUAGCCAGCGCAGCCAGCGACUCGCCAGAUCUCCAGGCCAUCCUCAGUGAAGGCCUCACGUUGGCUGAGAGCGAGCCAGAGGCGGAGGAUAUUUCAGAUUCGGUCGGGCUGUCACAAACAGCCUCCACCUCCAACGUGGUCCAGCCCAACGAAGCUCCUACGAAGGAGCUCAAGGGAGAGGAGCCGAGCCCCGUGAGCAUUAAUGGGCUUCAUGAUUGUAACGGCCUGGUCAGUUCGGACACUCUCCAACCCAUCACCAUAGACACAGGUGGAGGUGUUGCAAAGCAGGAGAACUUUUCGGAGGAGAUCCCGGUGUGUGUGAGCGUCACGGGGACUGGGGAGGCAGGGCUUUGUGACAUCAGCACUUUCGGGGAUGACCUGAAACACGGCGGGGGGCCGUUGUUGUUGAGUGUUGAGGAGGUGCUCAGGACUCUGGAGACGGACGCUGACCCUGACCCCACACCGGAGCCCAACCCCCAGUCAGACUGCCCUCCCUCUGUACCCCACUCUAGCCUCAAUGGGCCUCACUGCCCGUCUGGCUCGGACUCCUCCCGUCUCAUCCCCUCCCUCCCCCCAGAGAACAGCCCUCGCCCCCUCCAGCCUCACCCGCAGCCCUCCUUGCAGCCUCCCCAUCAGCCCUCCACAGUUAUCCCAUGUGUCCCCCCUCGGUGCCACCGCAAGCGUUCCCGCUCAGAAAGCGACAGUGAGAAGGUGCAACCCCUCCCCAUCUCCAGCCUCUUACGAGGCCCUCCCCUCGGUGCCAACAGCUCCCCCCACCACCCCAACCCUGGUGCCACCACCAAACAGGAGCCUAAAUUUCCUGCAGCCACGCCACACCCCCACCUGGCUCCGGUGCCUAAUGGCGGCCCCCCUAAAGUGGGCAAGGCUGUGCUCGUCUCCAACAAGGCACUGAAAAAGACUGUGGAGCAUCAUGGGGCCGCCAAGAAGGCUUAUACCAAGGCAAGGCAAGGGGCCCCCAAGCCCCGCGCACAGCCCCGUGACCGGGUUCCCCCCCACCCCCAUGCACACCCCCUGACACACCCACCCAGCCCCUCGAAGCCACUGUAUAAGAAACCUGUGGAGAAGAAGGGCUGCAAGUGUGGCCGAGCUACACAGAACCCCUCUGUGUUGACCUGUAGGGGGCAGCGCUGCCCCUGCUACUCCAACCGCAAGGCGUGUCUGGACUGCAUCUGCCGCGGCUGCCAAAACUCCUACAUGGCCAACGGAGAGAAGAAGCUGGAGGCGUUCGCCGUACCAGAGAAAGCUCUGGAACAAACCCGACUCACGCUGGGGAUCAACCUCACCAGUAUCACUGCUGCGGCUCUCCGCAGCCCGGCCACCAGCUCCCCUGGCAACACCCUCCUCAACGUCACGGCGGCCACAGGGGCGCCCGUCACGGCCACCUUCCUGUCGGGGGCGGGGCACGACAACAGGGGCUUUGACGAUUCACUGGAGAUGCGGUUUGACUGUUGAGGUCCCGCCCCUCCUCCGGUCAGUCGUCACGCACAUUCCCCCCGCCCCGCCAUCUGGGCGUUAUCCAUCGGGUCGUGCCAGGGACCUGCAGUGGCGGAGCCAGAACAAGGCAGCUACAGUGACAGGCGGUAGUGAGGGUCACCAGCUGAAGCUGAGGGGUCGCCCUCCGUCCAUCGCCUGAAACUGCACCAUGCUUGUGGUCUUGCAUUCAGAUGCAGCGUGGAAGAGAAGAAGGAAAAGAAAGAGGAGAUGUAGCGUUACUGUAUGUGCAGAGAUUUCAUUUCAGUGGGGAUAGUUUCUUUUUUUGUUUUCUUCUCUACUAUGGGUAAUGUGUGUAGAGCAUGUUGUGUAGCUAAGUCGGGAGCGUUGACCUUCGUCACACGCCUGUGUGUGUGUGUGUGUGUGUGCGUGCGUGUGUGUGUGCAUGUGAGUGUGUAUGUAUGAGGGCCAGAGUUUUGUUUGGAGGUGAACCUUAUUAGCAGGAACGGAGACAUCAUCAUCACCAUCAUCAUCAUCAUCAGAGACUGGUGUAAUUUAUAUAAAAGAAGGAACUUUUUGUACAUGGACUUACCAGUUUCCAUUUAAGAAGACAUUUUAUGAUAUAUUUUAUAAGUUACGUUUAAAGCAAUGGAAGCCAGUGCAGGGGCAGACCUGCGUUCAUCCCGGAUGUUUUCACACAGGUAAACGGUCGCCUGUAUUUUGUAGUGUAGACGACCAGAAAUCAAAUACACUGGCCACACGAUACAAACCUGAAGGUAAAAAUGAAAUGAUCCGAUCUCUGAUAUCUUACGCUGCGAGAACCAGGAUGUGAAUUUAACACCACCAGCCAAAUGUGGGUUUUGAUUUUGCUUGUUGAAUGUUUUAUGCGCUGUGACGUCUAAACAUCAUGCCAAGAUGUUGUUGCAUAUAAAGAAAAAACUUAUAUUUAAUUGGUUAAAAGGUGAAUUUUGUAGUUAACCAACCAGUGUGGCUGAAGGAAGACUGAACUAAAGUCUAUGGUUUGCUGUUGAAUAUAUCGAGGUUGCGAGAGAACCUGUUAAUCAUUUGUGUGUUCUUGUAUUAAGCACUUUUCCCACUUUUUUCCACUGGCCACACGCAUCGUAAAACCACCACGUUUCUGACCUGUUCUUACCUGUGUUAAAACCUCUGGUUGGGUGCAGGCCCCGCACGCUGAUUUUCACAAGUUUUUGGUUUCUGAAAGCUACACACAUGCUGCUAAAUACCACAAAGGACUCAAGAAGGAGAGCACACCUGUUUUCCUUGUCUUUUGUUCAGUUUUUUUUGUUUGUUUGUUUUUAAUGAGUUUUGUUAACAACAUUUGCAGUAUUUAUUGGACGUCUCCUAACACAGGUUACACGUUGGGCUUCUGUUUCGCCUACUCUGCCUGUUAAGUCUGUCGAUCCAGUCUGGACUGUUUCUGUCUCGGUUAAGUUGCUGUCUUCUCCUUAGUGUUAGUUUCUGGUGUCUCCAAACUUUUUUUUUUUGUUUUUUUUGUUCUCCCUCGGGGCAUUUAAAUACCUGUAAUAUAACUGUAACAUAUUUCCACAAAAAAGA